UUGCUGUGUUCAUUUAGAUGUGACCAUUUAACCAACGACAUCAAAAGGUUGCUAUUUGGAUUAACCUUGGAUUGUGUACUUUUUCCUGAAAAGAUAAUCAAAAAGGAUAUUGCCAAAAGAAGCAAUGGAGUGGAGAAUUGUACUAGGUGUUCUGUGUCUUAUCGGAAUCCUACCUGUGCCUGGGAAUGCAGCAAAUGACACAAAUGCAACUGUCUUUGAGUUUAAUUUAAGUUUCUCCAUUAAUGAAACUUUCAUUGCUGACUACUCCAAUAUGAGCGCUGAUGCAACCAUCAACCUGAAAAAUAACAUCACAUCUCAGAUUGAACCACUCUUCAGGAAUAUCCAAAAUUUUCUACGGAUGGUUAUUCAGAAAUUCAGGAAUGGCUCCAUUGUGACAGAUAGCAUUCUUCAAUUUUCCAAUGGCACUCGUCCUAAUGUCACAAGCCUGAAACAAACCCUUGUUGACAGAGUUACAAAUGGGAGUUUCCUCAAUAUCAUUCAGAAUUCCAUCAAUAUUGCUGAAUCUGUGCCCAAUCUGACAACUACAAUUAGCACACCCCCUGCAGUUUCUUUGCCAGGAGUGAACACGACUAACACAACUGCACCUGUUACAGUGUUUAACGUAACUUUUAAAAUUGCUGAUCAAUUCAUUGAGGCCUACUCCAAUCUGAGCGAUCCUGUCACCCAAAAGCUGGAAUCAAACAUCACCACUCAGGUUUUCAACGUUUACAAAAAGAAAAUUAAGAGCUUCAUUCGUAUGUUUAUUAGGAAAUUCAGCAACGGAUCUAUAGUGAUAGAUGGUGGCUUGGAAUUUGACAAAAAUACCACUACUGCUGAUGUGAGGACUGUGGCAAUAACCCUUCGUGACGCAGCUUUGAAUAAAGAAUUCAAUUUCACAGUUGAUCCAGAAUCCAUCAAAGUUACAGACCCCUCUGGAAACACUUUGCCCAAUCUGACAACUACAAUUAGCACACCCCCUGCAGUUUCUUUGCCAGGAGUGAACACGACUAACACAACUGCACCUGUUACAGUGUUUAACGUAACUUUUAAAAUUGCUGAUCAAUUCAUUGAGGCCUACUCCAAUCUGAGCGAUCCUGUCACCCAAAAGCUGGAAUCAAACAUCACCACUCAGGUUUUCAACGUUUACAAAAAGAAAAUUCCGAGCUUCAUUCGUAUGUUUAUUAGGAAAUUCAGCAACGGAUCUAUAGUGAUAGAUGGUGGCUUUGAAUUUGACAAAAAUACCACUACUGCUGAUGUGAGGACUGUGGCAAUAACCCUUCGUGACGCAGCUUUGAAUAAAGAAUUCAAUUUCACAGUUGAUCCAGAAUCCAUCAAAGUUACAGACUCCUCUGGAAACACUUUGCCCAAUCUGACAACUACAAUUAGCACACCCCCUGCAGUUUCUUUGCCAGGAGUGAACACGACUAACACAACUGCACCUGUUACAGUGUUUAACGUAACUUUUAAAAUUGCUGAUCAAUUCAUUGAGGCCUACUCCAAUCUGAGCGAUCCUGUCACCCAAAAGCUGGAAUCAAACAUCACCACUCAGGUUUUCAACGUUUACAAAAAGAAAAUUAAGAGCUUCAUUCGUAUGUUUAUUAGGAAAUUCAGCAACGGAUCUAUAGUGAUAGAUGGUGGCUUGGAAUUUGACAAAAAUACCACUACUGCUGAUGUGAGGACUGUGGCAAUAACCCUUCGUGACGCAGCUUUGAAUAAAGAAUUCAAUUUCACAGUUGAUCCAGAAUCCAUCAAAGUUACAGACUCCUCUGGAAACACUUCUUCCCGGUCUCCAGUCUUGGCUAGUAUGCUGACAGCUUUGUGGAUGACUCUAGCAUCACUUCUGUUGUCAACUAUGAUGCAUCUCUAAGUAUCACAUUCGCAUGAGCAAACAAAUAAAAUCGCACUACUACAUUUAUCCAACAAAACAUAUUAAUACAAAAUGCUAAUGUUUUCUUUCAGUUUGCAUUUUGAAUCAACAAAUCACAAAGCAAAUCAAGCCAUGUCAAGUCAAGUUGUCAAGUUGUAAUUUUUACUGUAAUUUAUUGCCAUAUUCAGAGCCAGGCAAAAUUUAUAGCGAGUCUGAUUUAUUGUAUUUUGUGCUCUGCUUGACAAAAAGUACAUUAUGCAUGUAAAUGUGUACACUGUGCUGGAGAAAUAAUGAGGAUGGGUUUAUACAAUGAAACCAAAUCUGAACAUUCAUUCAUGCCAUAUGGUACAAAUAUAUAUUAUAUGUAAAGAUGAAUAAUUGUACUAUUUAGAACUGGCUUUGUUUUGUUCUGUUGAUAAUGGAUUGAAAAAUCUAUUUUUAAGUCAAUGUGAAGUCAAAAUUGACUACUUGUUUUCUUUAGGCAUAUUUCUGGUCUUAAUGUGAACUAUUCACCCAUACAGGCUACUCAAAAGGAAGAAAAUGUUAAUGUUCAUAUUCGCUAAUAAAAAUGUAAUAUCUUGCCUCGCUACUUUUCUUUCCGUUGACAUCAUAAUGAUGGCAUUAGCGGGGCAAAUAGCCAAACAUGCUUUAACCACACCCCCUCCAACUACCUAUGACACCACCUGUGAACCAUACAUAAACUAGCUGGGAACACAUAGACAAAAUAUGGAAUCACAUACUAACUUAUUACUACUGCUAUUUCUGCUAUAUCUACUGUAUAUAAUUGUAGUAUGGUAGUAAUGUACGAUUUCAAAUUUAGCCAGACAUGGUGGGGAGGUAGAUUUUCAGCUGUUUUCCUACAAAAACCUUGUCCCCAUUCCCCCAAAAAACUUGGUUUUGAGCAUGCUUGCAAAAUGUUUGCACUUUGAAGUAAUAAUAUUGGUUGCAGAGAAAGAAGGAAUGUAUAGAAUAUAUAGUAAUAUAACGGCUGUGUUCGAGGCAGUCCACUUUGACACAACUCCAUAUGGGGUUUGCUGGCAUUUUCCAUGUGUUAAAAUGUUUUAGUGAAAACUUUACUUUUAGGUAAAUAUUGCUGUGUAUUACAAUGUAUUGUUAUAUUGGUUUAUCUAAAUAAAUAUAGUUAAUAAA